AUGGGCGCCGCCGGCUCGUCCGCGCUGGCCCGCCUGGGCCUCCCCGCGCCGCAGCCCCGGCCCCGCUGGCUCGGGGUCGCCGCGCUGGGACUGGCCGCGGUGGCGCUGGGGGCCGUGGCCUGGCGCCGCGCGCGGCCCAGGCGGCGCCGGCGGCUGCAGCAGGUGGGCACCGUGGCAGAGCUCUGGAUCUACCCCGUCAAGUCCUGCAAGGGGGUGUCGGUGAAGGCGGCGGAGUGCACGGCCCUGGGGCUGCGCAGCGGUCACCUGCGGGACAGGUUUUGGCUGGUUAUUAAGGAAGAUGGACACAUGGUGACUGCCCGGCAGGAGCCUCGCCUUGUGCUGGUCUCCACUACCUAUGAGGGUGAUUGCCUUAUCCUCAGGGCACCAGGCAUGGACCAGCUGGUUUUGCCGAGCAAGCCACAUUCUUCAAACAAGAUCCAUGACUGCAGGGUGUUUGGUCUUGACAUCCAGGGCAGGGACUGUGGUGAUGAGGCUGCUCAGUGGUUCGCCAACUUCUUGAAAACAGAAGCUUUCAGGCUGGUUCAGUUUGAAAAGAACAUGAAGGGAAGACCAUCAAGCAAACUUUUCCCUUCUGUUGGCCAGAAUUACCAGGUGGCCUACCCGGACUGCAGCCCCAUCAUGAUCCUCUCAGAAGCCUCCCUGGAAGAUCUGAAUACCAGGCUGGAGAAAAAAGUGAAAAUGGACAAUUUCAGGCCAAAUAUCGUGGUGACAGGCAGCAAUGCUUUUGAGGAGGACACCUGGGGUGACCUCUUCAUUGGCGACGUAGAAAUAAAAAAGGUUUUGGCUUGUUCCAGGUGCAUUAUGACCACGGUGGACCCAGAUACCGGAGUGAUCAACAGGAAGGAGCCGCUGGAAACCCUGAAAAGCUACCGCCUGUGUGAUUCUUCCGAGAAGCCCAUUUACCAGUCAUCCCCGCUUUUUGGGAUCUAUUAUUCGGUGGGAAAAAUUGGAAGCCUGAAAGUUGGUGACCCCGUGUACCAGAUGGUACAGUGA